AUGAUCAACAUCACAGAUUUCGAGAAGUCUAUUUGGCAGCUCCAGAAGCAGAAGCAGAGCCAUCAGCCCACGUCAGCAGUUAGCAGAAGGCGGCAACUUUUCGCGGAAAGCACCCUGGCAUUAUUCCCUCAGAUAUACGACGAAGUUUUAUCGAAUGACCGUAGUUUACACGUAACGAAGUGCUGGCAGGAGCUCUAUUACCAAGGUUCUAUGGGCCGCGACAUGAUACCAAAGGAAUCAUAUCCUCUCUGCUCCGGCCCCCACGUGGCUUCUUCCGCCCAAGCUUCAUCAUGUAGAGGUCCCAAAGCUCGUUUGUUUAUCAUGUCCACGUGUCUCAGGUUACAUGUCCGACACAUGUUCUCGGGCCGCAUGUGGCUUCUCCUGUCUUCCUCAUCCUUAUCUUCAUCCUCUUCCUCAUCCUCUUCCUCAUCCUCUUCCUCAUCCUUAUCUUCAUCCUCUUCCUCAUCCUCAUCCUCAUCCUCUCCUUCCUCAUCCUCUUCCUCAUCCUCAUCCUCUCCUUCAUCCUCUUCCUCAUCCUCUUCCUCAUCCUUAUCUUCAUCCUCUUCCUCAUCCUCUUCCUCAUCCUCUUCCUCAUCCUCUUCCUCAUCCUUAUCUUCAUCCUCUUCCUCAUCCUCUCCUUCAUCCUCUUCCUCAUCCUCUUCCUCAUCCUCUUCCUCAUCCUCUUCCUCAUCCUCUUCCUCAUCCUUAUCUUCAUCCUCUUCCUCAUCCUCUUCCUCAUCCUCUUCCUCUUCCUCAUCCUCAUCCUCAUCCUCUCCUUCAUCCUCUUCCUCAUCCUCUCCUUCAUCCUCUUCCUCAUCCUCUUCCUCAUCCUCAUCCUCAUCCUCUCCUUCAUCCUCUUCCUCAUCCUCUUCCUCAUCCUCUUCCUCAUCCUCUUCCUCAUCCUCUUCCUCAUCCUCAUCUUCAUCCUCUUCCUCAUCCUUAUCUUCAUUCUCUUCCUCAUCCUCUUCCUCUUCCUCAUCCUCAUCCUCAUCCUCUCCUUCAUCCUCUUCCUCAUCCUCUCCUUCAUCCUCUUCCUCAUCCUCUUCCUCAUCCUCUUCCUCAUCCUCUUCCUCAUCCUCUUCCUCAUCCUUAUCUUCAUCCUCUUCCUCAUCCUCAUCCUCUUCCUCAUCCUUAUCUUCAUCCUCUUCCUCAUCCUCAUCCUCAUCCUCUUCCUCAUCCUUAUCUUCAUCCUCUUCCUCAUCCUCUUCCUCUUCCUCAUCCUCAUCCUCAUCCUCUCCUUCAUCCUCUUCCUCAUCCUCUCCUUCAUCCUCUUCCUCAUCCUCUUCCUCAUCCUUAUCUUCAUCCUCUUCCUCAUCCUCAUCCUCAUCCUCUCCUUCAUCCUCUUCCUCAUCCUCUUCCUCAUCCUUAUCUUCAUCCUCUUCCUCA